AUGAACACGUUCUUGUCGUUGUCGCUCCUGGCGACGGCAGCACUUGGCUCGUGCCAAAAUGCUUCUGCCACUGCUGCUGCUACUGCCACGACUGGCGAUCUUCCGACGGUCACUCUCGACUAUAGCACCAUCCAGGCUGUCGGUGGAAACACGACCGUAGGAUACUACAAGUACCAGAACAUUCGCUUCGCCGCCGUGCCUACCGGCGACCUUCGUUGGGCCGCUCCCCAGUGGCCGCCUCAGGAGACCGAAGUCAACACGGGCAGUCUCGCAGAUGCCGAUGUAGCCUGUUCCUCUUCCGAAGACUGCCUCUACCUCGAUGUUUGGGCUCCGGCGGACGCUGUGGGUCGGGAUUUGCCCGUGGUGGUGUGGACGUACGGAGGAGGUUUCACUGGCGGAUCCAAGGCCGAAAACACACCCGAGGGACUGUUCGAUCUCAGCACCGACUUCGUCUUUGUCUCGUACAACUACCGUCUGGGUCUGACCGGCCUCGCCAACGGUCCUACUUACAACCACCAAGGAGGUAUCGCCAACACGGCCAUCUGGGACGUGAGCCACGCCUUUGAGUGGGUUCAAAAGUACAUUAGCAACUUUGGUGGAAAUCCAAGCGACGUGACUGCCAUCGGCUUCUCGGCCGGUGCCUCCCAGGUGUUGUUCCAGAUGACGCGAUUCGCGGGCCGUGCUGAGCAGCUCUUCCACAAAGCCUACGUCAUGUCCCCAGGCUUCGUCCCGGGCGCCGGUCAUCACCAGGCCGAGAUGUUCUGGCAGAACGUGUCUACCGCCGUCGGCUGCACGGGUGGUGAUAUUACCUGCAUGCGCGCCGUGGACUUUGACACCUUGACCGACGCCGCCAGCACGGUCCAGUCCAACUACUCGUACCAGUUCCAGCCGCGCGUGGACGGCCUCAUCAUUGCCGACACGUACGAGGCGCAAUUCUACCAGGGCCGCUUCAACUUUACUGGCCCGGUGGUGGCGACGCACGAGCAGCACGAGGCCAAUGGCCAGGCGUACUCGGGCGUCGACACGGACGACGACGUGGCCGCCGAGCUGCGCCUCUUCUUCCCAGCCGUUGCCGACGACGUUGUCGACCAGCUCCUGGCCUACUACCCCGCCGACGACUACGAGAGUCCCGGCCUGCGCUUCUCGGACAUGAAGCAGCACUUUGACCUGACGGCCCACAACCUGGCGCUCACCAAUGCCAUGAAGAACCAGACCUGGAACGCCAUGGUUGCUCUCGACAGCGCUACUCACGGUACCGAUCAAUCCUACUACUGGUAUAGCACCUAUACUCUGGACACUUCCUCAUCCGACGACAGCACCACCACCACCACCAGCAGCGCCGCCGUCAGCGACGUUGCCACGGCCACAUCAGCCGCGCCCUCGGCAACGGGCACCUCGGCGGGCAACUCGACCUCGGGAGGUCCCGGCGGCAGCAGCAGCGGUGGCAUGGGCGGAGGCAGCUCGAGCGUCAAUGCCACCAUUGCCGUCACCAUGCAAAAGUACCUGCUGUCCUUUAUCCUCAACGGCGACCCCAAUGCGCAGUGGGCCGACGACAAGCUCUACUGGCCUCGCUACAAUGAGUCCGAGGUUGGUACCGAGCUCGUCUUCAACACCACCAUGUACACGCAGGACGACGACCUGGCCAUUGAAAAGGUGGUUUACUGGAACAAGGCUCUCUGGUACUAG